CCGACAUUUCAGUGCUCGUGUGCGAUGCCAACAAACUUCCUAUUUUGUUCGAGAAAGCUGACCAGUGUCCGAAGUUGAGACACAUUAUUAAAAUUGGAGAUGUAAGCGAAGAGGACGAACAGAAUGCUGCGAAAUUUGGGAUCACCAUAAAGUCAUGUAAAGAUAUAGAGGUAAAACGUAUUACCAUUUGACUAAUGAGUUUCAUUGUGACUAGAGGCAGGUGCACAAUGUCCAAUUAAAAUGACUGAGCGUUGCUCGAUUCUUCAUUUACUUAGUAUUAAGUGCUUGUUGACUCCAAAUUCAUUUGUUUUUUUAGCUUGUUGCUCAUAAUUGUUUUUAAGAACUGAAUUUUAUUAACUUGUAAAAUUUAAGGAGGAUCAUGUUAAUUUUAGUCAUGUUAUUCUAUAAUUAUAAAGCCCAUUCGAUCAUUACGUCAUGUAGAAUGAGCUAUAUAACAAUUAUAUUAUUAUUUUCUGUUGCGACUUUUUCUGAACAAUUCUAGGUCAUUAAUUCUUUAAAUAACUUAAACCAGUUGCUAGGACAUUAGCAUAUUGGAAAGUAGCUUGUCAAGACUUUAUUGCUGGUUGACCAAACCUUUUCAGAUGUUUCCUUAUCACGAAUGAUCACGCGGGUUUGUUCAUUUAGCAAAAAGUUUUGUUUUCGUAAUUCUUGUAUGGAUUAAUAUAUCUAACCACCUUAUGGUAAUUCGCCGCCGAUGCAUUUGUGUAUUAUUUUCGCUGUAUUACUAUCGCUUAUAAAGACCAAUUUUUGUUAUAAAAUUGUUUUUUCAUUAUAAGAAAACACCUAUAUUGUAUUCAUCUUCGCCCAAUAUGGCAAAAUAUUAAGUCCUGACUUCAAUAUUGAGCUCGACUUUUGGUCUGGCUCAAUAUUGAAGUGUUACUAUACUUAACAUUUUGCCAUAUUGGGCUCCGAAAAAUCCAAUACGUUAUGGUAUUAUUUAGUAGAAUCAUACUAGUACCUGGCGCAUUUUAAAAAAUGGCAAUAUUUCAUGUUUGAUCUUACCCUUGUUCCAGAGGCUCUUUGGUCACAUCGAUUGCAAUUUCCACUUCCACACUUGAUUAGGUUCAGAAUUUGAAUCUCGCAUGUGAUUGGCCAAUUGUAAAAAUAUGUCAAACCGGUUUGGGAAAUAAACAUUACUGCAAGCUAAUUAUAACCUGUAUUAGAAUAUUGUAUUAAACUCAACCAAGCAUGAAUAUUAAUACUCCUGUGAAAAAGGUAUCAAAUUUCUCAGUUUCAGACUUUUUUUACAGGAGUAUUCAUAUUCAUGCUUGGUUGAGUUUUAAUACAGAAUAUAAUAUAAUUAGCUUACAGUAAUGUUUAUUUCCCAAACCGGUUUGACAUAUUUUUACAAUUGGCCAAUCACAUGCGAGAUUCAAAUUCUGAACCUAAUCAAGUAUGGAAGUGGGAUUUGAAUCGAUGUGACCAGAAGCUCUCCGUUCGCGCCUUUCGUUUCUUUCGCCUCGCAAAGAGCCUCUGGAACCAGGGUAGUUUGAUCUCUGAUUCUACUAAAACAAUUAGAUUACUCGCUCUCGAUUUCUAUCAGGUGAUAAUUGUUUCGGGUUUCGCCCUCAUCACCAAGCACCUCAUAGAAAUAUCGGGCUCGUAAUGUAAUUGUUAAAUAGACAGCAACCGGAUAUAAGCUAUUCUGCAAUCUGAAUCAUAUCCUGCUAAUAGAGAAAACAAGAUGGCGGCGCAAGAAUUACGGGGUUUUGCGAACGAGAAAUUAUUCGCCCUUUAUAGCCUUAACGGCAAUAUAAACACAAUAAAAUACUCCCAGCAACUGUUUACACGUUAGCAAAUACUUUUUUAUACUGAAAGUGGCUAAAAAAUAUUUAAAAAAAAAAAUAAUGCCGAAAGAGCGAAAAUAAUAUAUAAGUAUAAUUUUUUUGACAAAUCUGAUUUAAAAGUAAAAACUAUUGAUAGAAGUAAAGUCAACAGGCGUUUGUUUACCUAAAUUAUAUUAUUAAUUAAUUUAUAUUAUUAAAUCAUACAAAUUUCAAGUUUUAGCAAUGUUCGAAGUAUUGGUUUAAACAAAAUGAGCAGCCGUGCUGUCUCAGGUUUUGGCCAAGUUGUUUCAAAAUAAUAAUAAAACAAUGUUGUUUCAAAAUAAUAAUAAAACAGUUAUUCUACUCACACUCGUCGUAUAUGACUGAUAGCCAACUCGGUGCUUCGCACCUCGUCUGCAAUCAGCUCAUAUAUACGACUCGAGUUCGCAGCAUAACUGUUAAAUAUACGGCGAGUAGCUCAACCAAUCAAAUUGCGGAAUAGCUUACACACUGUUACAAUAAGAAUUAUGGGGAAAUAGAAAAUAAAAAGGAUUAGAGGAUUAAAGUUCGCAUGUUGGAAACCACCAAUGGACGAAAAAGCGAAUUGUAUCAAAUGGAAAAUGUUUAAUUUGUCAGCAUUUUGCAAUAAAUCUACAUUCAAGUAUUUUGUAUACUGCUCAUGUGAAUAUCAACCCUCGGGAAUGAACAUUUUUGCAUCGUGUAUACCAUAAAUUUUGUUUUGGCGAAAACGUGUAAUGAUGAUAUUUAUUUGGCCAAAUUUUUCAAUCCAUAUAAGUUCGGAUCAUUAUUGGUUGUUACACCUUUUUACUGAUGCAUAUAUAGGCAUGUGUUUGGAUUUUUGAAGAACGUGAGCAUAAAUAUGUUGUCGUAUUCGUGUGAUAAUCGUUAGUGCGUAUGCCUCUCAUUUCCACCGCUGGGCUUCCAUUUUCCAUGCAAUAAUUGUGUGCCAGUUGUAUUAAAAGCAUUGAAAGUUAACUACAUGCAGUUGGUGCAAAAGUUAACCAAUCAGAAUCGCGUAUUUGAGAAUUAGUUAUUAUUUCAACCACAAACACCUAGUUAAUAAAGGGUAUAUAGCAACCUUGUUCCCAGGGUCUCUCCUGUCAUUGGGUAUAUAGUUCAGUUCGAGAAAUAUCUGUUUUAAUAGAAAUGCUAGGAAUAGUUGUAAAAUGUUGAAGUAAGUUUAGUUUUAGUUUAGUUCUACAAUGAAAGUAACCAAAAACUCAAAAAUUCUUUUUCAGGAAUUGGGUAACAAUAAUCGGAAAGAAAAAUCA